AUGCCUCCUCCAACGGUGGAAACAGAUGAGGAGUUGCUGGUGGCCAGUUUCGAUGGAUCGGCUAGGAUAAAAAAGAAAGGAGGGUCGUUCAGUGCCGUGAUAUGGAAGUUACCCGAAUGGACGAUCGUGGCGGCCGAAUCGAGAUAUGUUCACGAUCUGACUGUGAAUGAAGCUGAGUAUAAUGGCUUGCUACUGUGCUUUGAGUUACUCGCCGAUCUGGAUAGGAGGCGAGUAAUACUGUGUGGAGAUUCCAGUCUGGUGAUUCGACAGAUGCGCGGUGAGAUCGACUGCAAGGCACCGGGCCUUCAGCUUCUGAGACACAAAGCGUUGGAGAAGCUGCGGUCAUGGCCUAGUCACGAGUUUUUGCAUAUGAAGCGAGAGUGGAAUCAGAGCGCAGAUCGACUAGCCAGCACAGCAUUGCAGAGCGAAAAGGGAAGAACGGUUGUAGCUGAAGAGGAUCGGCAAGAUCUGAUGACUCUGAACCGUCUCGAUGAAUUGUUGAAGCCCAAGCAAGAUGGUCAGCUGGCUCGGGCAACUGCGAUCACGAGAUCAGCCAGAAGGAUACGUCAUGAACCUGAAGUGAUACAGAGGAGAUAG